CCCGACUUUUAAAACAUUUUGCAACCAGAAGCCAUUUAGAAUGAUUGGUUCACAAAAAUGAAUUUAUAAAACGACAGGAAACUAUGUCGCGUGUCAUCUCAAACCGGAAGUAUGGCCACGCACCUGACCAGGUUAAAAAAAAAAUAUACAGGUGAACAAGUCUUCAUUGUGUGACGGACGGUCUCCUGAUCGCAGAAAUGGUUUGUGGAGGAUUCAUUUGCACCAAAAAUUCACUUUGCGCACUAAAUUUACUCUAUGUGCUGGUGAGCCUGCUGCUGGUGGGCGCGGCGGCGUGGGGGAAAUGGUUCGACUUGGUCUCCAGCAUCCGCGUGGUGGCGGUGGUCAUCGGCGUGGGCAUCUUCCUGUUUGUGGUGGCCUUCGUGGGCCUGUGUGGCGCCCUGAGGCACCACCAGGUCCUCCUCUUCUUUUACAUGAUCAUCCUCUUCUUGGUGUUUGUGGUGCAGCUGGUUGUGUCCUGUGCCUGUUUGGCCCUCAAUAAAGACCAGCAGAAUCACCUUUUGGAGGUCGGAUGGAACAAGUCAGAGUCCACGCAGAAGGAUGUGGAAAAGACCCUCAACUGCUGUGGAUUCUCCUACGUCAACUACAACGCCUCCUGUGCUGCUAGCUGUUUUAGCCAUGAGCCGCCAUUAUCGUGCGACGCGUGCGCCAGUGUCAUUGAGAAGUACGCGGGGGAUGUGCUGCGGUUUGUCGGAGGUAUCGGACUCUUCUUCAGUUUCACAGAGAUGCUUGGAGUUUGGCUGGCUUACAGAUACAGAAACAUCAAAGAUCCCCGAUCAAAUCCUGGAGCCUUUCUAUGAUGAAUGGAAUAAAUGCCACCUCACGCUGCUUCAAUCACAAUCCUGCUUUUGUAACUUGUCUACAUUCAUGACAGCUGAUAUAUUUGCUGCUCCCUUCAUUUGUAAAUGUUUGAGGUUUUUUAAGCAGGAACUAAGCCUAAAGCCAAUGUAAGGGCAUUCCUGUUGACUGAUUGUGCUUAAAAAGUUAACCAU